UCGUAAAUGACAUUCGGUCACACUAGCGAACGCCCAGGGAAAGUUUUGUUUAUUUUUUGUGUCCCCCAUUUCUCCCUCUGGAAUAAUGCUGAAUGCUAAGAUCGGCAAGGUCGGGAAAGUGCUGGUGUGCGGGAUGAAGGGCGUAGGCAAGACUGCUUUGAUUGAGCAGCUGGUGUAUGGCCACGUCAAUCCGGAAACAGAGCUGCAUCCCACAAUUGAAGACAUCUACGUGGCUAGUGUGGACACGGGCCGGGGUGGAGCUCGGGAGACCUUACGCAUCUAUGACACGGCCGGACUCCAGGGUGAGCAGCAGCAACUUCCUCGGCACUACCUUCAGUUCCCAGACGCCUUUGUACUGGUCUACGAUCCCAUGGACCCGCGCAGCCUGGACAUGCUGGCUGAUAUCAAAACGGAUAUCGAGAAGCACAAGGAAAAGAAAGAGAUUCCCGUCGUAGUGCUGGCCAAUGUUCGGGCUCGGGCAGCACCCAAUCCGGUCGAAAAGGUCAUGGACCGCGCUAACAUUUGGUGUCAGCGAGAGCGUAUCAAGCACUACACGGUGAACGCCAUGGAGCGGCCAUCUCUCUACGAGCCCUUCACUUCGCUGUGUGCCCGUCUCCAUCCGACGCAGACGAAGAGCACGUUCCCACAGCUACGCCAAGUCAUGCAAAACCGGCAGAAGAGCGAGGCCUAGGGGACCUCAUAACCAAAAGAGGCCGAUAUUAUUUAAGUUUUAUCUUAUUUAUCCAUUUAGGGAACUUGCCUUGUAUUAACCGCUGAGCUUUAAUGAGGGCCUGAGCCCGAGCCACUUGUACUUAUGUCUAUCUGUUUGUGAGUGUCCAACUGAAUCUAGUAUUUAUUACACCGAAAUGUCUAAUCUCAUUGAGAGAGAA